AUGGAGAAUGCAAAAAAUACAGAUGAACCAGAAUCGUCCGAAACAAGAAUUGCUAGGUUGGAGAGAAUGGUUGAAUUAUUGAUUGAGACUUUAAGACAGCAACAAAACCAACAGCCCCCACCUCCUUCUCCACAACUGGUACAACCAGAAUUAAAUGCCAAUGAUGAUGUGAUUGCCUUGAUACAAAAGUUUAACAAAAUGAAGCCACUGACAUUUCAUGGAGGUCUUGAGCCACUGAAGGCCGACGCAUGGGUCCUAGAAACUGAAAAACUAUUUGAAGUGUUUCCAUGUGCAGAGGCACAUAAAGUGUUAUUGGCUACAUUUACCCUACAAGAAGAGGCUAGACGAUGGUGGAUGCUUAUUCGUGAUACAAAUAAUGCUAUAACUUGGGCACAGUUUAAAGAAGGUUUCUACGAAAAGUAUUUCUCCCAGUGUGUCCAAGACCGUAUGGUGACUGAAUUUGAACAACUACAGCAGGGCACCAUGUCAAUAGCUGAAUAUGAGUCUAAGUUCACCGAGCUCAGCUGGUACGCACCACACAUGGUGGAUACCGACUACAAAAACGCUAGGAAGUUUGAGGGUGGACUUAAUGUGGAAAUCCUGGACUGA